CCCGUCAUUGACAAUAUUGACAAUAAUAGCGCCUCUUCCCCCGUGCUUGCCUUCCCUCCCUAUCUUCCCAUUCCGCUCUCCACCAUGUCGGACGCGGCGCUGCCAGACUCCGUUUUACCUGAAGCUCACCAUCCCCUGGGCGAGGCGCCCCCGGGCAGCGCUGGUCGCUCGUCCGCGUCGGGCCUCAACCAGCCUGCCCCCAUUUCCGACGAGUUGAAGGCUCGCUUGGACACCAUUAUUCACUCAGAGAUCGGUAUCACCACUCUUCUCGCCCGCUUAAAGCAAAGCGUGGCAUCUGCCAAGGACUUCUCGACUUUCCUAAAGAAGAGAGCGGCGCUCGAAGAGGAACAUGCUCAGGGGCUGAAGAAACUGGCCCGCACAGUCCAGGAUGCCGCGGGGCGCACUGAUAACCGCCAGGGCACCUACAGCGCCAGCUACAAGGAGAUCCAAAGAAUACACGAACGCAUGGCCGAUCAUGGCCUUCAAUUCGCUGUGUCACUCCAACAGAUGUCGGACGACCUCCAGGAACUAUCCACCAACAUGGAGCGCGGCCGCAAGCAGUGGAAGCAGACAGGAUUGGCUGCGGAGAAGCGUGUCAACGAGGCAGAAUCGCAGGCGGAGAAGGCCAAGGCCAAGUACGACACAUUAGCCGAGCAGUAUGACCGCGUGCGCACCGGCGACAAGACAGGCGGGAAGUUCGGUUUGAAGGGCCACAAAUCCGCCGCGCAGCAUGAGGAGGAGCUUCUGCGGAAGGUCCAGAAUGCCGACAGCGAUUAUCAAUCUAAGGUCGAGGCGGCGCAGAUGGCACGUCGGGAGUUGGUGAAUACCCACCGGCCGCAAGCCGUGUAUAACCUCCAGCAGCUCAUCUCGGAGUGUGAUUCUGGAUUGACUCUGCAGCAGCAGAAGUUUGCCACAUUCAAUGAAAAACUCCUCCUGAGCCAGGGACUUUGCGUCAGUCCGAUUAAGGCUGACGCCAACGGCAUCGGGCCGAAGAGCCUCGCGGAGGUCGUUCGGCAGGUAGAUAAUGAGAAAGACCUGCGCGACUUUAUCUUGAGUCAUGCAGGCAACCCGGGUGCUGUGGCCGGACCUGAGGUACAAUACGAGCGUCAUCCUACCCUCGGCGGAGGAGGGGCAUCUACGGGUUCCCAACCUCAGGCUAAACGCCAAUCUUCUAUGGUCUUCCAGCAACCAAAUAUGUCUUCCCCAAGCCAGCCAGCUUCGAGUACCUUCCAGGCAUCAUCCUAUUCAGUACAGAACGAGUUGCCGGCCCAAGGACCGCCACCAACUGGGUCGCCCCAACCCCCAUUCCCGUCCGCCCAUGAAGCUCCCCCGGUUGCUCCGCCCCCUACGACUGGUCCCCCAUCCAAUCUACCUCCACUGAAGCCCGUCUUUGGAGUGUCUUUGGAGGAUCUGUACGCGCGUGAUGGAACUGCAGUGCCAUUCAUUGUAUAUCAAUGCUUCCAGGCAAUUGAGCUGUUUGGGUUAGACUUGGAGGGUAUAUAUCGACUCUCGGGUAGUGCUAAUCAUAUUAGCCACAUGAAGGCACUCUUUGACAAUGACUCUUCACAAGUAGACCUUACAAACCCGGAGAGUUUCUAUCACGAUGUCAACAGUGUUGCCGGGCUUGUGAAACAGUUCUUCAGGGAUCUCCCCGACCCCCUGUUCACAAAUCAAUAUUAUUCUCAGUUCAUCGAGGCGGCACGUAUUGAGGAUGAUAUUCAACGGAGAGACUCGAUGCACGCUCUCAUCAACAACCUUCCUGAUGCUCACUAUGCGACGUUGCGUGCUAUCAUUCUGCACCUGCACAAGGUCCAAGAGCAUUAUACUCAGAACCGUAUGAAUGCCGGCAAUCUGGCCAUUUGCUUUGGACCAACACUGAUGGGCGCCAAUACCGGUGGCAAUAUUGCAGACGCCGGCUGGCAAGUCCGUGUGAUUGAGACAAUCCUCAAUAACACCUUCCAGAUAUUCGACGAUGAUUAG